AUGGCCUCAGAGAUCUCCGACAAGUCCACCUUGACCAAGGCCUCCCUCGCCGGCCUCAAGCCCAGGGAUAUGGAAAUCCUGAGCCUGAUGGUCAUCUGCUCUUCCCCGGAGUCCCUGACCGCGAAUCUCGCCAACGUCAACUUUGAAAGCCUGGCCGUCCUAGGCGGCUACAAGAACGCCCACGCGGCCAAGACUGCCGUGGGAAUCAUUCUCAAGAAGCUCCACGCAAGCUCCAGCACCCCCGAGAACGGCAGCGCCCUGCCCCCUCUCACCCCCAAGAAGCGCAAGGCGUCCGGCAAGAAGACCGCCGACGACGACGACGACAGAGACGCCGACACCCCGGCCAAGAAGCCGCGCGCCCGUGCCAAGAAGGCCGCUUCCGCCGAGCCCGCCUCCAUGGACGUCGACAUGGACGACCAAGGCGGAGUCCAGACCGAGUAG